UUCACGAGCGAACAUUCUAGGAAUAAACAGACUUCAAGCUGUAAAGCUAACGAUAAACAUCCUCAAGAGAAAUUUAACCGAUGUCGACUAAGAAUUAUUCGACUGAGGUGUACAGAUCUCAAAAUGACUCGAUUACGAAUUAUUCGACUGGGAUCUUGUGCAGAUCUAAAAAUGGAUUGGAGUCAAAACAAGUCAUUACUUCAACUACACAUCAAGAAAACUCGUUUGAUUCCAUCGAUUCUUUUAGUAUCCUAGGCUUAAAAAGCAGUCUCCGAAACGAAGUUUUCAGUCAUCCUACUAAUAACAUAGAAUAUCACUUAAACCAACAUGACUGGAUACUAGUAUUUCUAGAGAACAAUUAUAACGCCAUCGACGAUGACUCUCUCAGAUACAGCCUCAGCGAAGAACUUUUGGAUAAGAUUGGAUUCGAAAGGGAUUGCAAUGCGGUGAAGAUCAUAUUGUCUAGAUCGAAGCUAGUCCAAAAUCACGUUGAACCCAUAGAUAUUGUAAAGGGUUUUGUUGUGGAUGAAUUUAAGUACAAUCCCGUUCUGGAAAAUGGUUGUGACUUGGCGACAGAAGAAUUUUUCCAAGAACAGAAAGCUGAACUUAAGGUUGUUCACUUCGGUAAAACAGAUGUGUUGAAGUGUGAAAAACACAAAAAGAGAUUCCGAUUCAAGAAGAGCGAAAGAAGAAUUUACUCGGUCGGAGACUUAUUUACUGUCUAUACUGACGACUCCGCCAUUGUUGAGGAAGAUAGUUUACGCCAAGAAUACAGCGUGCUCUUUCAUGGAACAGACAUCAAAAGCGCCGUUGAUAUUUCAUCGGGAGGUAUUGACGUAAGUAUGGGUUCACAAAAACGAGACUUUAGCGAUGGAAGUGGUUUCUAUUUGACCGACGAUUUCGAACACGCCGAGAACUGGGCAUUUAGCAUGACGCAAAAGCCUGUUGUCUUGAUUUUUAAGAUUCCUAACUCUUGUCUCGAAAACGUAAACAUUUUGAGUUUGUCUGGAGAAGAGAGACAGUGGAAAGAGAUUGUCGAUGCAAAUCGCUCAGGGAUUUUAGAUAGGGAGAUGAGGAAGACUUUGAAAGACUACGACGGAAUCGAAGGCCCUGUUUCCGGUUGUUAUGAAACUGAUAGCUUGGUGGAUUCUCGACAAGCUUUGCCCAAUACGUAUCAACUUUGCAUCACCAAUGAAGACUUCGCUGACAAGAUUAGCGAAUAUUUAAGUACAAUUGUUGUUUACAACCGUAUCUGAACAUUGAAAAAGGUCUGAAAACAUUAACGUUCCGGUAGUGAAACACAGUAGUGACUUUAGAGUGGCUUUCGUUGUCGGGGAUUUGUAAUAUUCAGGUUGGAAGCGUCACUUGUCACGGCUGAAUCCCGAAUAGAAAGGUCCUUUAAUUGCACUGGAGACGUGAAGUUAUCAAGCAAGUCAUUCGCUGUUUAUGUUUAUAAUCAAAAUACCUUAACUGUGGUUCUCCUUAAAUUUGUCUCUACUUUGCACGUAAAUAAUGAAGGCUUUUCCAAUGUAAGAAAAAAUAGACUUUUACUCGGGUAAACCCAACUAUGAGUCAGUGUUGAGU